ACAUAUAUUCACAUAGAGAGAGAGAGAGAGAGAGAGAGAGAGAGAGAGAGAGAGAGAGAGAAUGGAGAUGUCAUUCCCAGUAAUCAACAUGGAGAAGCUGGAGGGAGAAGAGAGAGGAGUGACCAUGGAAGUGAUCAAAGACGCUUGUGAGAACUGGGGCUUCUUUGAGCUAUUGAAUCAUGGUAUCACACCCGAGCUGAUGGACGAGGUGGAGAGGCUGACCAAGGAGCACUACAGCAAGUGCAUGGAGGAGAGGUUCAAGGAAGCUAUGGCUAAAAUGCUUGAGGGAGCUGAGUCGUCCAUCGACGACAUGGACUGGGAGAGCACUUUCUUCUUGCGCCAUCUCCCAGAAUCCAACAUGUAUGAGAUCCCAGACCUCACUGAUGAUUACAGAAAGACAAUGAAGGAAUUCGUGGAGAAAUUAGAGAAACUGGCUGAACAACUGUUGGACUUGUUAUGUGAGAAUCUGGGGCUGGAGAAGGGAUACCUGAAGAAGGCAUUCUGUGGAACCAAGGGCCCCACAUUUGGGACCAAGGUCAGCAACUAUCCUCCGUGCCCACGGCCGGAACUGAUCAAGGGCCUUCGUGCUCACACUGACGCUGGCGGCCUCAUCCUCCUCUUCCAGGACAACCAAGUCAGUGGUCUCCAGCUCCUCAAAGACGACCAAUGGAUCGACGUUCCUCCCAUGCGUCACUCAAUUGUAAUCAACAUAGGCGACCAGCUUGAGGUGAUCACCAACGGUAAAUACAAGAGCGUGAUGCACCGGGUGGUGGCCCAGACGAGCGGAAACAGGAUGUCAAUUGCUUCAUUCUACAACCCUGGGAGUGAUGCUGUCAUCUUCCCGGCGCCGGCACUGGUGGAGAAAGAAGCAGAGGAGCACAAUGAGGUGUACCCGAAGUUUGUCUUUGAGGACUACAUGAAGCUGUAUGCAGGCCAGAAGUUCCUGGCCAAGGAGCCAAGGUUUGAGGCCAUGAAGGCCGUGGAAACUGUGAAUUUGGGUCCCAUUGCAACUGCUUAAGAGGGCUUACAUAGAAAGGGAAAGAAA